CUAUUUCAAGCCCAAGUUGGUCUAACUUUAGGCAAGAGUUUGGUGUAAAACAAGGAAUGACUAAACAUAUAUUUAAACAAGAAGGUGCAAACAAGUUAGAAAAAUUAGUUUUAAUUUUAUCUUGGAGACAGGAGGGUGUCUCAGAACUAAGCGAUUCAGAAACUGAAAAAGAAGAUAGAGAGCUAUUAGAAACAAGAGAGAUAGAACCAAUUGGAUGUAUUCUUGUCAAAGAAGACAAUAAGAAAUAUUCUAUCAAGAAACUCAGAACUGAAAAGAGCAUGAAGCCAAAUAUGUUGGAGUUCACAGAAGACAAAACCUUGCAAAAUCAGCAAACUAGAAUAAGAAACUCAUCAACAUAUGUGAAUCAAUUGAUGCCGAAGAUGACAAUAGCUAGUUAUUUGAACGAAACAGAGGUUCACAAGCCAGGUUCUACUCAAGAACAUAUCAUAAAACAGGUCGAAGAUUUGAAUGAAAAAGAAAAAGAACCAGAUUGGAAAGGCUCAACUAGGGUAAAAGCUUUCAAGAUUCUUGAAAAAUUGGCAAAAAAUAACAAAAGAUCAAUAGUUACUAAACAUAAUAACAGAAA